AUGGGAAGCGCGCGAGACUUCCUCGCGGGCGCGCGCGCGCGCGGGAUCACGUCCCCGGCGCCGAUGCGCCGCCGCCCUAGACCCGGACCGGUCGUGGAAUCCGCGCAGCUCGCGCCGAGCGACGACGAGCUCGAGGCGCUGCCGCCGUCGCUCCCGGAGAGCGAGACCGACGUGAACGAGCUCCCGCCGUCGCUGCCGGAGUCGGACGCGGAGGACGACGUCUUCGCGAGCGCGCCGUCGCCGUCGCCGCCGCCCGCGGUCGUGGACUCGCCGGCGGCGUCGCCGCCGGCGGCGAUCGUGCCGUCGCCGUCGCCCGUCGCCGCGGCGGCCGCGCCGUCGCCGCUCCCGUCCUCUCCCGCGUCGACUACCGCGCCGGUGAAUUUCGGGAUCGACGCCGAGGUGGCCGCGGCGGAGGCGCCGCCGGCGAGAAGUCCGACCCCGGAGACCGUCCCCGCGGCGUCCCCGUCCCCGACGACGCCGGCGGCGGCGAGCCCGGCGGCGGCGGCGGGUGGAUUCGGCAUCGACGCCGAGGUCGCCGCGGUCGCGGCGCCGAGCCCGAAGCCCGGGUUCUUCAGCUCGAUGUACGAGGCGCCGGCGGCGGCGCCGGCGUCCCCCGCGGCGGCGCCGGCGUCCCCCGCGGCGGCGCUGGAGCCGGCGGCGGCGGCGGCGACGUCUCCCGCGCCCGCGACGACGACGAGCCCGAAGCCAGGAGGAUUCUUCAGCUCGAUGUACGAGAACCCGGCGGCGACCCCGGAACCCGCGGGCCCCGCGAAGGAUGUCGGCCUCGCCGCGGAGGUUGACGCGGAGAAGUCGUUCGGGCUGCGAGCCGAGGUCGCGGCGACGGAGGCGACGGAGGCGCCGCCCGUCGUCGCCGUCGCGUCGCCCGCGGACGCGUCGCUCGCCGCGGCCGCCGCGGCCUCGUCCUCGCCCGCGGCGGCGGCGGCGGCGCCGACGGGCGUGGACCCGUGGGCGGCACGGCCCGCGGACGCGGCGACGGCGGGGAGCGAAUCGACCCCGGCGGCGGCGCCGGCGGUGGCGCCCGCACCGUUUUCGUCCCCGAUCGCGUCCGAAUCCGCGGCGGCGUCGACCGCGGCGGUCCCGGGAUCCCCCGCGGCGAUCUCCGACGCCCCCGCGGCUGCCGCCGCGGUGUCCACGCCCCCGGCGUCGCCGUCCCGCGCGAUCCCCGCGACGUCCGCGGGCAAGCCGCCGCCGUCGCCGGAGACGACGAGCCGGCAGCAAAACGCGCUCGCGAUGGCGAUCAAAAAGGUGUCGGACGCGCCGUCGUCCGACGCCGCCCCGAAGACCGCGGCGCAGGUCGAGAAGGCGACGUCGUUCAUCACCGCGCUCCGCGACGCCGCGCCGUCGACGCCGGCGCGGACGCGGCCGCUGUCGAAAGCGGACGCGCUGUCGAUCCGCGUCCACAGCACGUCCCCGCUCGUCCCUCACGCGGUUUUACUCAACCCGGUGAUCCGCGUGCACCUCCUCGACGCCGAGACGGGGCUCAUCAUCAACCCGAGCGGGCUCGCGACGACGCCGCUGCAGUCCGCGCCGUUUGACUUAUCCCGACGCAUAAAGUCCGCGUUCGCCGCGGAGUGGGAGGAGACGAUGGACGUCGAAGAAGAACUCGGCGGGUUGCUUCACGCGCGCGCGGUGUUGUUGUUUGAACUCCUUCAGCCGCCGCCGAGCUUUUCGUACUACGAGGAACGCCCGGAGCUGUUCCCGAACGGGAACCCGCACAGGAUCGCGUGGGGUUUCUUGAAGCUGAUCCGGACCAAGGACGACCAACCCAACCUCGGCCGGCUGCAGCUCCAGCUGUACAAGUACGGAAGAGAGCCCGUCGGCGCCGGCGGCGGCCUCCGCAAGAGCUUCUCGCGCGGCGGCGGCGGCGGCGGGAACGCCGACGCCCUCGAGGAGUCCGCCGGCCCGCAGCCGGAGGUGUGGCACUGCUACAAGGCUGUGACGCGGAUGCAGCCGAAUCAGCGGCCGCUGUACCCCGCGCACGUCAACGUCACGAUCGCGUCCGCGCCGCGCGGCGACGCGGCGACGGCGCUCCUCGCCGCGUCCGCGGCGGCGGCGCCGACGAUGCGUCCGCUCGCGAUCGGUCCCGCGGUGCCGAGCAGCAGCGGCGGGGAAGCGCGCGCCGCGGGCGGCCGGCCGACGCGACGCGAGCGCAUCGUCCGGGAGAGAACCCUCGGCGGGGGGUGGCAGACGGCGGAGCAAAGACUCGCGUCCGCGCCGCCCGAGGACAUGAUGGAAGUCGCGCAGAGCCUCGGACGCGUGCCGUACGAGACGUUGUGCUACGGCAUGGACCCGGCGGCGGCGCACGCGCACGCGCUCGCGUCCAUCGGCGCGGAGGACGGCUCGAUGACCGCCGCGAUCGCCGGGAGCGCGUUGAAGCGCGGCGCCGGGUCGAUCGUCUCGCCGUCGCGGGACGAUCAACCCGCCGUCGUCGCGAAGCUUCCGUACGCCAUCGCGGAGCACGACGAGUGCGAGAUUCCAAACGUCGCCGCGAGGACGCAAGCGACGCUGCCGACGUCGGCGCGAGAGGUGCUCCUCACCGCGUUCGACUCCACCGGGCGACGCCUCGCCGCGGUGUGCCGGGAGGGGUCCAUGUGCACGCUCAGGGUGUUCGACGCCGCGACCGGGGAGUUACGCCAGACGUUCCCCGGGCACUGCGCCGCCGUGCACGACGUGUCGUGGGCGCCGACGAUCGAAGACGACGACGACGACGCCGCCGCCGCCGCGCCGAGCCCAACGCGCGGCGCGGUGGACUACGCCUCCGCGGGCGCGCCGACGCGCGUGAUGACCGCCUCCGCGGACGGCGCGGCGACCGCGUGGGCGGUCGGCGGGGGUCCUGACGCGAUCGCGCAGCACGCGUGCGAGUGCUUCGCCGCGCAGUGGCACCCGACGACGCGGGACGUGUGCGCGACGGGCGCGAGGGACGGCGGGAUACGGCUGUGGCUCGUGCCCCCGGCGAACCGAGGCGGCGGCGACGCGAAGGUUCUCGCGUCCGUGGCGCCCGGCCGCGGCGCCGCGUGCACGGCGCUCGCGUUCGAUAAGGCUGGCGCGCGUCUCUACGCCGGGUUUCACGACGGGAGCGUCCGCGAGCUCAUCCUCGACUUGGGCGUCGACGCCGGCGCGAAAAAGUCGCCGUACAGCGCGCGGGAGCUCGCGCCGCGGUCGCUGAUGCGCCCGCUUCGCGAGUGCAAGGACACGAUGGGCGAGGCCAUCACGUGCGUCCGCGUCGCGCCGAACAACCGCAGAGUGUUGACGCGAACGCUCGCGGAUCGCGUCGUGAGCAUGGACCUGACCUACUUUGCCGCGACGCACUCGUUCGACUGCGGCCGCGACGACCGCAAAGCCAAGGCGUCGUCGACGACGGAGCGCGUCGCCGCUAACGCCACCGCGAACGCGAACGACGGAGCCUCCUUUAAGCACCCCGGAGCGUCGAUGCGAUUCGCCCUCUCCCCCGACGGACGGUUUGUCGCCGCGGGGUCGAGAGACGGCACCGCGCGCGUGUUCGACGUCGACGUCCCGGGGAAGGGGGUGCCGUUCGCCGCCGCGGAGGAUCCAAACGCGCUCGGCGUCGCCGUCAACGACGUCGCGUGGUCGCCCGCGGCGCACGUCGUCGCGAUCGCGGGCGCGCACGGGUCGCGCGGGUUACGUCUCGCGGCGUAUCAGGACGGCCGGAAGCCGGUCGCGAGGCCGCCGCGGCCGGAGGCGAUCAUCAUGGGCCGACCGACGAGUUUGGCGAGCGCGAAGAAGACGCGCGAGGCGUCUGGGUUGGGCGCGCUGCAACGACCGCCGCGGUCGGAGCUCCCGCCGCGUCUGACCCCGGACGCGGUGCGCGAUAUCCUGCACCGAGUGCGGGUGGACUCGAGGUUGGAUCGCGCGGAGUUUACGUCGGAGUACCGCAGGAGUAGGACCGGGACGACGCCGCGAGGGAGCGCGUACGAGAGGCUCGGGAGGGGGUCCUCGGGCGGCGGGGGCGGCGGCGAUGUCGCGGCGGAGGCGCCGGCGCGGGAUCCGGUCAAAGCCGCGGAGGACGCGCGCGUGAUGGCCGCGUACCAGAUGCAGGAGACGUCGGAGAAGGAGAACAACGUGCGCGUCGGCGGGCGCGCGACCGCCGCCGCCGCCGCUGCCGCCGCGGGCGCGGGCGCGGGCGCGGGCGCGAAGUUUGAUCCGUAUUCGCCGGAUGUUCCGGCGGGGGGAAAAACGGCGACGACGGGCGGGGGGUUCGGGAGCCCGACGGUGGUCGGCGAGGAUACGUCCGCAGACGCGUCCGCGCUGGAGAAGAUGCUGUACGGCAGCGGGGGGGCGUGA